AUGACUGAAAAGGACAAGAUCUUUAGUUUUGUUGAAGGACUGAAGCCAUGGGCAAGGACUAAGCUAUACGAGCAGAAGGUCCAAGACCUCGUAUCAGCCUAUGCGACAACUGAACACUUGUUUGAUCUAUCUAGUGACGUUCAAGAGAAGAGACGUCAUCAAAGCUCUUCACCUAGAAGAGACAGAAACAGCCGACCGAAUUCUCCUGAAGUUGUCAGUGGAAAUAGAAGUCCCGGUAGAGACCGCAAGCCUUUCCAGUCAAACACGGGGAACAAUGGGCAAAGACCCAAUAAUCAGAGGACAUCUCACACUUCUAUAAGUUGCUACAUUUGUAACGGACCACAUCGGGGAAAGGAAUGUUCAGAUAAAGCUGCCUUUUAUGCCUUUCAGGCCUCUUUAGCUGCAGACUCAGAUGACACAUCGAGUCAACUAGAGAAGGAAAUUGGGCAAGUAGAAGGAGUUCAGAAUGUUAGAGUGGGAGCCAUAAGACUCUUGUCGUCCCUUCAGAAGAAAGCAGGAGAGACAAGUGGUCGUACUAAAGGGGGCCUAAUAUAUGUUGACACCUGGAUCAACCGAAAGCAUGCAAAGAGCACUAUGGUUGACUCCGGUGCCACUCAUAAUUUUAUAACGGUGGCCGAAGCAAGACGACUAAACCUUCAUUGGAAGGAGGAUACGGAAAAAAUGAAUGUCGUGAAUUCUACAGCUCUACUUGUCGUUGGGAUAGUGAAAUGGGUAGCGAUACAGUUGGAAGGAUGGAGCGGCUUCGUUGAUUUUGUGGUUGUAGGCAUGGAUGACUUUGAUGUAGUUCUCGGAAUGGAAUUCCUUCUCGAACAUCAAGUGAUCAUAAUGCUUGCAGCCAAAUGUCAAGUGAUCAUGGGGUAUACCCCCACCGUUGUGCAGACAGACCUUCAGCAACCCAAAGGACUGAGAAUGAUCUCGGCCAUGAAACUGAGAGAGAGCCGUGUUGGAGAAGUUAGGAAUCGAGUUUCUGAAACUUAA